UUAGUGUACAAUAGAAAGCAGACAAUACCAUGGGCGCCAAAACCCAUGGUCGCUACCUAUGACGUGUACAGACUUGUUACCUGACUGUUCCGUCUCUUUCCAACGUUCAUGGGGGCCCCGGCUGUCUUUGUUGCCUGAUUUCCCCUUCACUCGAUUGUCGAGGAGGGGAUUUUAUCAGAGAAUCAAACGCCGUCCACAGAUAACGGGAAUAUCGUAGUAUGCCGUAUUUUUGCGAUGGUGGUGCGUGAAAAUCAAGGGAUGUAAUAUAUUUGGGUGUUUUGUGGGUCUUUGUGUCUGUGGGUGGCCAUUUUACCAUUUUACCUGGGUUUGAAUUACGUGUGGACAUGCCGUGCCAUGGUUUCAGUUGGGUCCAUGGUCGGUGCCAGUGUAGGUGAAAUUAUUCUUUGCUUGUGAUAUGGGACUUUGUUGGUGAUUAUUAGACUCCCACCAGAUAGAUGAUGCAUACUCCUGUUGGAACCUUGGAGCGGGAGACCAUCCCUCCUCCCUAUUCUCCAUCAAUCAGAGACGAUCUGAGUGUUAUGUCCCAUGUCAUAACACGUAAAGAUGGGUGCAACAAUCUCACCAACAGUGUCGUUCGGUUACAAAAUGAGUUGAACAACUUCAGCCUCCACAAAAGUGCGAGCGAACCAACGAUGGUUGCAACAACCAUCCCCCAGCCCCAACAAGACAGCUCUCCCGACACCCCCCAACCAGCCCCUUACGAUCUGAACAAGGGCUGGAUGACCGGGAUUUUUGGGUGUCUGCGGCCCGUUUUGUCGAUCAUUGGCAAAGGGGCAGUCAGCGAGAUUAAAAACAGUCAUCAAGAUGAUUGGGAAAUUCCGUUUGAACAAAUCACUGAUUUGACCUAUUUGGGUUCGGGUGGUCAAGGGACCGUUUUUUCCGGAAUGUUGAACAACCAAAAAGUGGCUGUUAAAAAAGUGUACGACAUCAAAGAGACCGAUAUUAGGAAUUUGAAAAAGUUGAAUCACCCUAACAUUGUUAAGUUUAAAGGAGUAUGCACUCAACUUCCUUGCCUCAGUAUUAUAAUGGAGUAUUGUCCAUAUGGGCCUCUCUUCAACUUACUCAAAAACCAGAAGAAUGUUGUCACAAUCAACCGAGUGGUUUCCUGGGCCAAACAAAUAACAAGCGGAAUGCAUUAUCUUCACUCACAGAAGAUUAUUCACCGAGAUUUGAAAAGUCCCAAUGUUUUAAUUGGGGAAGAAGAAGUGAUCAAGAUUAGCGAUUUUGGUACUUCACGGACUUGGAGUGGAGUUAGCGAAAAAAUGAGUUUUGCUGGAACCGUCGCUUGGAUGGCCCCCGAAGCCAUUAAAGAGUUGGAAUGUUCGGAAAAAGUCGACAUUUGGUCGUUUGGUGUCGUUUUAUGGGAAUUACUCACGUGUGAAGUCCCAUACGAUGGGAUGGAACAAAGCGCCAUCAUGUACAUGGUCGGUUGUGGGAAACUGAGACCUCCCAUCCCGAAAACCUGCCCAGAUGGGUUCCGACUCAUCAUGGAAAUGUGCUGGAAACUCAACCCCAAAGAACGGCCCUCGUUCAAACUAAUCCUGAACCAUUUACAAAUUGCCUCGGUUGAGAUUUUGGGUAAAUACGAGGAUAAUCAGUUCUUCCAAACUCAGGAGAGCUGGAAGGAAGAGAUCAAGUCCCAGAUAACGCAGUUUAAGGCCCAGUUGCAGAAACACCGCAUUGAAUUCCAACUGAAGGAAGAACAGUUGAUCAAAAAACGCGAGAAUGAGAUUAAACACGUUCGCGAUAUUCGGGAACUGUACGACCGGAAGCUGGAAAAAGUGCACCAGUUGUACCUUGAGUUAUCGGCUGUUUUGCAGCAAGUUGAACAAUAUAACAGGCAAGGGGGGCGCAAGCGCGAUAUUCAGAAAAAUCGCCGUUUGAUCAACCCCUUUGUCCGCAAAAUGGAACGGAGGCGAAGCAAUCACAGCACGACGCCUACGAGCCCCGAGUGCAGUCUCACGAGCCCCGACAGCCCCCAAACUACUCCAGUGAAAGCCCCGCUUUUUGCCAAACUGAACACCGCCACUAAUAAUCCGGAAUCGGUGACCCAGUCGAGUCAAAAGUUCCGGAAGAGACACUACCGGACCAAUUCCGGGUCGCCUCGCAAUUCGAAAAGUUCCAACCGGAGUUCGAGUGUUGUGGAUGCGGAGACUCAGACGGAUUCGAUGGAUUUGAGUGAGACUGAGCUUAGUCCGAGUUUUGAUCUUCCGGUGUGCAUUACAUCGAAGAGGGUGCCUCAGAGGGUUGUUCUUCAUGAGUUGAAGGCCGAGUCGGAUGACGAAGGGUGCAAUGGGAAUGUGCAGUUGAGAUAUGUGAGCGAUAGCCAUGACACAGAGGUUGAGGUGUUCAGCCGACGCCACUCGGAGUCGCUCAUUUACGACCAGGAGGACACUCUCAAUCAGAACGACGCCACCCGAAGGGAAUUCAGCGACGAAGACAAUCUCGAAACGCUCGGCCGCAAAGUUUCGGCGUUGAAAAACGGCAACAUCUUCACUGAUAUACAAAAUUCGGCCGAAAAUGGCAACGUCACCGACUUGGACGUCUUGCGGAAAAACUGCGCUUGCAGUGCACAAGACAGCACCGAAGAUGCGUGCAAUGACAGUUUUACCGAUGAAGAAGGCGAAGUCUACAAUAACACGUUGUGGAGAAAGAGUAAGCUUGGAAAAGACUUACUAAAGCUGAGCUCGGCGCGACGCCCCAUCUACCCCGUCCGCCGCUCGAACCGUACCAAAUCCAGCCUGAAUUUCCACCAGAAGCAGCAGCUGAACGGCUCCGACGAAGGCGACACCUCCGAAUACUCAGUCUCACCGUCCAGCAAAAGCUCCACACUUGAAUCGAACCCGGAUCGGGCGAAAGCCGCCGCCCUCAAGCGCCCCAACGAGAAAUGUUCAUCUGAUAGCGAAUCAGAUCAAAACGUAACAAUCGUUACUCAAGUAUCCUACAAGUCAGAGAGUGUAGUCUGAAUAGGUCAUUGUGAUUUAAUUAGUUAAUUUUAAGUAUCCACGUAUUUUUUUACCUGAUUGAUGUUGUUUGUUUUAAGGAACUCUGUGCAAUUUUUAGUAAUUUAUUCAGUUGCCGUCUAUUUUUUACAAGUAUUAUGCACCAAGGAAAAGUCGUGACAAUUUUCGGGAAAACUUGCCACUUUACAGCCAACUUUCCUCUCUAUUUAUUUGCACUUGAAAGUAUUAGAAUACUCAUCGUGACUCAGUUAUUGACAAAAUUUUUAUUAUGUAUGUGGUUGUAGUUAUAAGUAUUUUCACAACUAAACUAUGUGGCUAAAUAUUUAAGCGGCAAUAACUUCGAACGUUCAAGCUUCUAAAGAUAAAGUACAAUGUGGAAUUCGGAAUAUUAUAGCAAAACUAUACCGCUAGCUGGGUCUAUUUUAUAGCAAGUAUUGUAGAUGUAAAGAUAUAUUUAUUGAUACUUUUAAGAGCUAAAGUUCUGCUAUAAUUUUCAUAGCAAAUCCGUUGCCUUGUAGACACAUCGAUUUUUUUCCAUUCCGGCCAAUUUAACACUUGAAAGUGUUAAUUUUUUAUUGGAGCAGCAUAUUAUUAACCGGUUGUGUGUUACAUGUAAGUACUUACAUCCGUUUCGCGUCCGUUAUUACCUUAAUUUUCAUGUGAUACAAAAACAUUCCUAAUUAUUUUGUAAAGAUCAAAACUUUUGUUGUGAUUUAGUUUUACGAAAAAUCAUCUCAACUGCCAGACAUUCCUCUAUUUUAUUUUGUACAUCGUUCAUUAGUUGAAUAAAAGUGUCGACAAUUGAAA